AUGAGCCCAGCUGAGCCGAUCUUUGAGUUGUUCGGGCUCGGCUCGCCAAAGUUAGAAACGUGUUCGGGCCCGGCUCGUGUUUGGCCGUGCUCAGCUUGAUAUUGUUUUGGGCAAGCUUGGGCGUGACUCGAGUUGGCAUCUAUACUCAACGAACUGAAUGCCAUUUUCACCAAUGCAAGGAACUGCUGUCUCUGUUGCCAAUUUCCAAAAUCAUCCACUGAUCUUCAUCCUCAGACAAGCCUAUCGCGUGCUCAUGAUUUCUUAGACUGUAACAAUUUUGAGAAAUUUCAGAGAAUGGAGAGAGAGAGAGAGAGAGAGAGAGAGAGAGAGAGAGAAGGACAAUAAUUUAACAUACUCGAGUGCUUCAUUUAAACCCCCUGCAGCCAUCUCCGUGAGCUUUGGGGAAUAUCAUAUUUCCAGCUUUAUGGCUUUGGAUACAUCUUCUGUUGCUGAUUCACCUAGGCGACGAUCUGGCCUACUACGAGAUCAAGUCCAAUUGGUUAAAAGAAAGGACUCUGAUCGUUAUGAGAUUGUCCCGAUCCAAGGUUUUCUGUCAUUUGAGAAGGGUUUCUUUAUAGUAAUCCGUGCAUGCCAGUUGUUGUCUCAAAAGAAUGAUGGGAUAAUUUUAGUAGGAGUGGCGGGUCCCUCGGGGGCAGGGAAGACUGUGUUUACUGAGAAGGUGCUCAACUUCAUGCCCAGCAUUGCUGUUAUAAAUAUGGACAAUUACAAUGAUUCCAGUCGUAUUAUUGAUGGGAACUUUGAUGACCCACGCUUGACGGAUUAUGAUACAUUGCUCGAGAAUAUUCGUAGUCUGAAGGAAGGGAAUCCGGCUCAAGUUCCUAUAUACGACUAUAAGUCUAGCUCCCGCAUAGGGUACAGGACAAUUGAAGUACCCAGCUCCCGGAUUGUGAUUAUUGAAGGCAUAUAUGCCUUGAGUGAAAAAUUACGGCCUUUCCUUGAUCUUCGAGUCUCUGUUACUGGUGGAGUACACUUUGACCUUGUCAAACGGGUUUUAAGGGACAUUCAACGUGCUGGACAAGAGCCUGAAGAAAUAAUCCAUCAAAUAUCUGAAACGGUAUAUCCUAUGUACAAGGCUUUUAUUGAGCCAGAUCUACAAACGGCACAUAUAAAAAUUACCAACAAGUUCAAUCCAUUCUCUGGUUUUCAGAAUCCCACGUACAUUUUAAAGUCAACAAGGUCCCUAACUGUAGAUCAAAUCAAGGCUGUUUUUUCUGAAGAACACAAGGAAACUACAGAGGAAACAUAUGAUAUAUAUCUACUACCACCAGGUGAAGAUCCUGAAGCAUGCCAAUCAUAUCUAAGGAUGAGGAACAGGGAUGGCAAAUACAAUCUCAUGUUUGAGGAAUGGGUUACAGAUAGUCCAUUUAUCAUAUCACCAAGAAUCACUUUUGAAGUUAGUGUCCGCCUUCUUGGUGGCUUGAUGGCUUUAGGGUACACAAUUGCUGCCAUCCUGAAAAGAAGCAGCCAUGUCUUCUCUGAUGACAGAGUGUGUGUGAAAAUUGAUUGGUUAGAACAACUAAAUCGGAAGUAUGUUCAGGUGCAAGGAAGAGACCGUUUGUAUGUCAAAUAUAUUGCAGAGGAGCUGGGCUUGAAUGGUUCAUUUGUUCCUCGCACUUACAUAGAGCAAAUUCAACUGGAGAAACUUGUGAAUGACGUUAUGACACUGCCAGAUGAUCUAAAAUCAAAGCUCAGCAUAGACGAUGAUAUGGUUUCAAGCCCUAAAGAAGCACUAUCUCGGGCCUCGGCAGAUAGAAGGAUCAAGUAUCUCAACCGUGGUUUAUCACACUCAUUUUCAACACAACGAGACAAGAACCUUUCCAAGUUGACAAAACUUGCUGUUAAUAAUAGACGAUUUGAUGGAAGAGCUCCAGAUUCACCAGCAACGAUUGCAAACCAGGGAGUCAUUACUCAACUGUCAGAACAAAUUUCCACAUUGAAUGAGAGGAUGGACGAGUUUACAUCUCGCAUUGAAGAACUAAAUUCAAAGUUCUCUACCAGAAAAGUUUCUGUUAGCCAGCAAAACUUGGCUUUGCAGGCUGAAGCCUGCAAUGGCUCUGCGCCCACUUCACAUUUCAUGGCCGGCUUAGGCAAUGGAUCGUUGACCGGUUCUCUAUUACCCAAUUCCUCAUCUUCUUCCCAAUUAGCUAAGGAGUCUCAACUGAUGGAAGAGGUGUUGCUUGUCGCAAGGGGACAGCGUCAAAUCAUGCAUCAGUUGGACAGUCUUAGCAAUCUUUUGCAUGAGUGCUGGGGAGAGAGGUCUCGGCAAGGAAGAACAGACAGGACAAGCAGAACAGCAGAUGUUGAAUCUAUUGGCAUUCCUUUAAUUGUAACUUUGGCGGUUGGUGGUUUAGGUGUCUUUUUGUUCAGGACUCUGUCAUCCCAAAAAUGAUUCCAAUGCUAGAGAAUUUUUUGCAGCAUGUUGGUAUUUGUACAUCAUCCUGUUGAAGUAUUGUUGUCGUCGUCGUUGUCACCGCGGCCACCAUCAUGCCAUCCCUUCUCACUUCAGACACACACAGAGAGAUCACACGCCUUGAUGUUCUCUCCAGAUAUAACUUGUAGUUCUCUAAUGCCCUUUUGAAGUUUUAAAACUAAACGUUGUAACUUUACGAGUCCUGUAAGUAUAAACAAGGAGGGUCACGUACCCGGGAAAAAAAGAAAGUAUAAAUGAGGAGGGUGUUUCGAUAGUUGCCAUGUAUCACUACUCUUCCUGAUGCUAUCAAUAUUGGUGCAGUGAAUGACAUAUGUUAGUGGUCUCA